GGCAUAGAGGUCUCCAUGCGACUAUAUCCAGUUUAGUAGUUUAUGGAAAUAAACUGCUUAUUAAAUCCGAAUUAACUUAAAAUCAACGAGUUUUCGAGACAAGGAGGAGGAGAUGAAUUACGAAUUUGGGCGAGAGAGCGGUUUUAUCAACAGCCAGCCGUCGCUCGCUGAGUGCCUGACAUCUCUCACUAACCCUGUCGGUGAUGCAUUUCAAAGUUCAUCAAUCAAGAGCUCGGCGCUUUCACAGUCGACACUGAUUCCUCCUCCUUUUGAGCAGACCAUCCCCGGCCUGAACCCGGGAACCCACCCACGCCACAGCCGCUCCAAGCAGGCUCUGCGAGGCUGCAGCCCGCUGCAGGCUGCCUCCCUGCCCCCGGAGUACCCGUGGAUGAAGGAGAAGAAAAGCAUCAAGAGAAACCAGACUGCUGCUGCUGCUUCUGCGACACCGGCUGACUCCUCGCCACUCUACUUCUCCCCCCAAGGUUCACCAGAGGUCCCAGAGGGUGGUGGAGGGGCAUCCCGGCGGUUGAGGACUGCGUACACCAACACCCAACUUCUGGAGCUGGAGAAGGAGUUUCAUUUCAACAAAUACCUGUGCAGACCGAGGCGGGUGGAAAUAGCCGCUUUGCUGGAUUUAACAGAGAAGCAGGUGAAAGUGUGGUUUCAGAACAGGAGGAUGAAACACAAGAGGCAGACCCACUGCAAGGAGAACCGGGACAGUGAGGGGAAAUACGCGUGCCUGGACGACGGGCCGGAGGACGAGUUCGAGCAGGAGGCGGACAGCGGCAGCGUAGCCGGGACCCUCCUGGAGAGAGAGCGGUAUUUCCACCAAAAUACCUUGACUUCACAGCAGUGUCAGAGCGGCCACAAUGGGGACAACCAAAGCCCGACUGUCGCUCCUUUGAGCAGCAAUGAGAAAAAUCUGAAACAUCUUCCACAGCCGGCACCCACUGUUCCCAUGUGCGUGUCAACAAUAGGCCCGGACAAUGCUCAUUCCCCGGGCCUGGACGCUUCCUUGCAGGAUUUCCAAGCUUUCUCAUCCUCCUCGUCUUUCUCACCCAGUUUGUCAGAUUCGACAGAAAGUCCACUGCCUUUAUCCUCCGAAACUUUUGACCUUUUCUCAGAAACACUCACAACAAUCGACCUGCAAAACCUGAGCUAUUGAAACAGUUCAACAUGUUUUACCAUAAUUCAGACGCUUGUGUUCAGUCUAUUUUCGUAGCGUUGAGGGGAAAUUAAUAGAUCUCACAAACAAGGUAAGUUAAAGCAAAAGCAACAAAGCUAAUAUUUGGCCCAAAUGGGCAGUUUAUUGUGCGCUGCGAGAGGACGUUACACAGUUUAUUUUUAUAUGGACCUCGACUAUAACUGAGCGGAAUAUUUUUCUGGAAAUAAAACUUUACAUUGAUUGGAAUCAGCAGCGUCUUAUUUCACCAUCAGAAAGUUUGGAGAGCUUAUUGAUUUUACACCCUUACAUUAAAAAACAUAAAGAAGAUAUUUAAGAGUUUUGGCCAUAGGAGAAAUGAAUUACGUUCAUGCAUAAUUCAUAAUGCUGAAUAGUUACUUAAAGUAUUCAAAGAAGGAGAAUAUGAACUGUUUAAUUUAAAAGCCGCAGGAUAUUUUCUAAAUUACAGUCUAGGAUGAUAUGCUCUUGUAGAAAAAAAGACACUAUUGAUUUUGUAAUCUCAAACUUAUUCAACAGAAACAGAUGCAGUGAACACACAAAUCCAUGAUACACAAAUGAAACGCGAGUGAAUGAAAAUUGUACAAAGAUGCAUCACAGUUUUGCUUUUUAUUUACAUAUUUAUUUAGAAUUUUCCUAGCUCUGGUUGAAAGAUCGUCACAGCUUGACCACGGCUCUGGUAAAGCAUCGUGAUUUAUCUGACCAGAAGAAAAAAAAAGCGGAGAUUGAUUGCCUCCGCAUGUUUAAACCCAGAAAAAGAAAAUCUGCAGUGAGAAUUGCCUGCUAGGAGUCCCAGGCCAAAAGCUAUGACUUUUCUUGGCUCUCUAAUUAAAUUUUAUUGCCUAUAAAACUCACAGCACU